CUCUUCGUGGGUCUGUCCUUCCCCUAUGAGGGCCCCGCCCCCCUGGAGGCCAUCGCCAAUGGCUGCGCCUUCCUCAACCCCAAGUUCAACCCUCCGAAGAGCAGCAAGAACACGGAUUUCUUCAGAGGCAAACCCACUCUGAGAGAGCUCACCUCCCAGCACCCGUACGCUGAGGUGUACAUCGGCCGGCCACACGUCUGGACGGUGGACAUCGAGAACCCCGCGGAGGUGGAGAAGGCCAUCCGCUCCAUCCUUAGCCAGAAGAUGGAGCCCUACCUGCCGUACGAGUUCACCUGUGAGGGGAUGCUGCAGAGGGUCAACGCCUUCAUCCAGAACCAGGACUUCUGUCACGGUCAGGUGAUGUGGCCCCCCCUCAGCGCCCUGCAGGUCAAACAGGCCGAGCCGGGCCAGUCCUGUAAGCAGGUGUGUCAGGAGGCUCAGCUCAUCUGUGAGCCCGCCUUCUUCCAGCACCUGAACAAAGACAAGGACCUGGCCAGGUUCGGGGUGGACUGUCAGACGGUGGAGUCCAGCGCUGACACGGUGGUCCCGGCGUACAGCGAGACGCGUCGACACUGCAUCUUCCAGUCAGACCUGCUGCUGUUCAGCUGUGCGGGGGCGCACCAGUCGCUGCGGCGCAUCUGCCCCUGCCGCGACUACAUGAAGGGCCAGGUGGCGCUCUGCAAGGACUGCCUAUAGCAAGAAGGAGGUGGGGAAGGGGCAGGGGGCGGAGUCGAGGAGGAGGAGGAGCGAGAGACGAAAACAAAAAGGAAAAAAAAGAAACAGAACCGAGUUUAUUCUUCAUAUUUAUUAUUUCCCUCCCCAACAAACAUGAACCUUCAGAGUCACCAGCAGGGGGCGCCAGGAGUCCAGGAGGGACUUUACUUGAAUCAAGACAGGAAGUUGGACUUAAGCAGCCGCCCCUCCCCCCUCCCCCCACACUCUGACACUGUUAUUGUUUAGGUAGCUUUGCACUGGAAACACAGAUUUACACUGUAACCAUCUGGUCCCUCUGGUCUGAGCAGACUGAAGUCUCCAUGUUGCUUCUGGGAGGUUUAGGGGUCCACACGACCCCAGAACCCCCCCUCCCCCCCACAGACGUGUCAUUGUCACAUAUUUCCUGUUGUUCUGUACACGGCCAGUAGAGAUUUGUUGAAACGUCGCAGCACAACAUCCGGACCGAACAAAGACAAACUGUCCACCAGGUGUCCCUGCAGCACACGUCCUCACCUGGAGCUUUUUUUAAACAGAUGUUCUGUUUGGGUCGGGUUAAUGGAUCUACAGAGGUUUAACCAGAUCUUAGUGACACUGUAUGUUUAUAUGUAUUUAUUUUGUACACAAACCUUUUUCUCUGUUUUGCUGGAAUUUUGUUUUUGUUUUUUAUUUAUAGCGAGGUCUAUUUUGUUUGUUUUAUUUAUGGAGAGUAAUUUAAAGAGGGGUUCUGAUUUUAAGUCUGAUCCAGACGUCAGAAGGUUUUAUUUUUCACGUGAAUUGGGUAAAAACUUUUUUCUCUCAUCUCUUUAAAAGUUGACAGUAACAAUUGUGCUUUUUUUUAAAUUAAGCUUUUAUUUUCCAAUCGUGUUUUGUCUUUGCACAAAUGUAAAAUCAGAAUGAACGUUAUCAUGUCGUGCUGCCAAGUUUAAUGUUUUUGUUUUUAUAAAAUGUGCCUUUUUGUGCUUUUAUUUUGAACAUAUCUUUGGUUAAAUUGGAGUAAAUGUAACUGAGUUAAAGGUAAUUCAGUGGAUUAGAUUAUGGAGUUCCCAUGACUCCCAUCAGACGAGCUCAUGUGACUGGAGUCUGUUCUAAUUUACCCAGAAUUCCCAGCAGCUGAAGCCUCAUUGGACAUAACAGAUCAUCAUCUUCAUCAUCAGCAUCGAAUGUUUCCUUUAGUAAAAAAAAAAAAAAGGAUUUUUUAUGUUUUAAAGUUUGAAGCAUCCAGAAUCCAGAAAAGUGAAUAACAGUUUGUUUUUGUUUGUGAGUCAGAGGGAAACAACUUUAUUUUUAAAUAAAUCUUUUUUCUGUGA